AUAUUUGGCGAGACUGAUAUUAAUUGGUCCAAUGGAAGAACAAGAAAUUGAAUCUUUCAAUCUUGAAAUUUUCUUUUCUUGGCACCCAGGUAAACUGCAAUUUGGAUUAAUAUAAAAAUAGCAGAAUUUAAUUUUUAUUUCCUUUUUUGUUUUCAGUUCAAGAGCAUUAAUCUUGAAACCCUAGAAGUGGUUGCAUGUGUUUGAUGGUUUGGAUUUAAUUAUGGUUUCUUUUGUUUUCUUGACAACCAAACUAUCUAAUGGAAGAUGUGGAUGGCAAGAAUUGCAAUGAUCUUCGGCAUUUGAGAUUGGAAGAAAGUGUGAAAGCAGAGAGAACAUCUUCUUUGGGGGAUGAGUACUUCUUUUUGCUUAUUAACCCUAAGGAUGUCUGUAGCCAAAGCAAAUCUCUUCUUCAGGAGGUAUUGAACAUAUACAAGGAGGAGUUGCCUGCAAUGAAUUAUGCUGCAAAUACUGGGAAAGAGUCAAUGUUCCUUGAAAGAUGUGUAUCAAACGGGAAAUAUUGCUCAUUGCUUUUGCUAUCAAAUUUCAUGGAAGGACCUGGCAAGGUUAUAGCUGCAGUUACUUAUCAAAUCAUUCCUGCUGACACACAGUAUGCUGAGAUUCCUCUUACUGCUGUUAGCUCAAACUUUCAAAGCAAGGGGAUUGGUCGCCUCUUGUACAUAGAAUUGAGAAAAAGGCUUCAGAAUGUUGGUAUUCGCACAAUAUUCUGCUGGGGAGACAAGGAAUCUGAAGGAUUUUGGCUCAAGCAGGGUUUUGUAUCGAUAGCAGAAGUGGAUACCAAAGGGAGAGCUCGCAGACUACCCAUUAGGGCUGACAUUCGCAGGGCACUGUGCUUUCCUGGUGGAUCAACCCUCAUGGUUUCUCAUCUCAGCAAAGACAUUUCAGCUAACUUUUCAGAUGCUGUGAAGAAGUCUUUUUCAUUGAAGCCUCAUGAGAAGUCCUCAUCACUUGAUGUUCAAAUUCAAGGGCUGGGAGAUAUAGGGGAGAGUCUUGAUACUCUAAAAGCACCAGUUCAAACUAGCCUUAAAACAUUUCUACCUCAUGUUUUGGUGAAGGAUGGAUUCCAGAAAGAUGAUGACAUGUCGGAUGGUUCUUUUCAUAAUCAUGAGUCAAUAAAUGUCUGUAGAGACCUGGUUCCUUUUGAGGAAGUAGAUUGCAACAACAUGACCAAUGAUGUAAGAUUAACUAGUGUUGGAACAGAUGUUGAAGCAAACUGUUCCUGUUCUGCACAUUGUGCCAAAAAGAGGGUUUGGGAAGCCUCAUUGUCUUCACUGAAGUCCAAAAAAGUAAAGGGAAGUCAUCAAAUUGGCUGCCAGUUAGAUUCCAACUGGGAUAUUGUUUCGGGAAAUGGUAAAAUAGAUAAUGUGUGUUUUGUUGGAUGCUCCUUGGGCACUACUAGAAAUGAAUCUUUGUCUGAAGUUCCCCCUAGGGAUAUUCUGUCCAGUAGCUAUGUAGAGAAGAAUGUUGAAGAUUGUAGGCCACUGUCAAAAGAUCAGCUCAGCUUUGAACUUCAAGAAAAGGGAGAAGGAUUUAGAAUCAUGUUGAUGAAUAUUGCUGAUGAUACUAAGAAAGCACAUCUUACAAAGAUAAUCAAGGAUCUUGGUGGUUCUGUAACCUCUGAUGGAAGUGCAUGCACACAUGUUGUCACAGGAAAAGUGAGAAAGACGCUGAAUUUUUGCACUGCUUUAUGUUCCGGAGCUUGGAUACUAUCUCCUAGUUGGUUGAAAGAAAGCUUCCACGAGGGCAGAUUUGUGGAUGAAUCACCAUUUAUUUUAGAAGAUGCUGAAUAUUUGUUUAAGUACAGAGCUGAAAUAAAAAGUGUAAUUCUUAGAGCAAAGGCAAGGCCCCGAGCUUUGCUUAAAGGGUACAGUGUAUGCCUUGCACCUCAUGUGCAACCUGCAGUUGAGACCUUAUCAACAAUUGUCAGGUUUGCUGGCGGAAAGGUAAUUUAUGGAUUGGAUGCGGUUGAUGAUGCAUCAAAAACAAUUUUUGUGGCGUGUGAAAUAGACAUGGAGGAAGCGCUGUUGGCAGUGAAGAAAAGAAUAUGGACUUUCAGCAGUGAAUGGUUUAUGAACUCUAUCAUGAGACAGGAGCUCGACUUUGAGGCCCCCCAGUUUGCGGAGUCUCUGUAAAUAGACGUAUCAAGAUUGCUACGAUCAGGUAAAUAGUUUUUCCUCUUUGGCCCACCAUGAUGGAGUGUUUGGUACUCCAAAAAUGAGGAACGGAACAAAUAAUUUGUUUUCAUUUUUAUUC